AUGUCCGGACCUGGAGCUGGCUUCGAGUACCCUCCCAAGGAAAUAUCCUGGCUCAAACGGGACGUCUUGCUCUUUGCAAAUAGCAUUGGGUGCACAGCCGAUGAAUUGCAUUUUCUUUAUGUCUGCUUUCCUAUUUUUUUAAGCAGCUUUCAAGGAUUCACAUUGACUGGAGACUAUAGGAACUCCACCCAAACUUCGCCGUUUUCCCAACAUAUCCGACUGUUCUUCGCCUUAUUCUCUAAUAUUCCUACAGCGUUCAAGCUCGCGGACCAAGAAGUGAUUGACUUCUAUAGUCGACAAAAGUCCAAUCCUAUUCCCGGUGUACCUGAAUUUGACUCUCGUCGCGUAGUCGACGGGCAACGCAAAAUCACAAUCUUCAAGCCCCUUCCCACAAGCAGUGAAGGCAGGAAAUUCGAGCUCCGAAAUAAGGUAAUUGGUGUUUAUGAUAAAGGCAAGGCGGGCUCUGUUGUCGAGACGGAGCAGUCUAUCGUGGACAAGGAAACCGGAGAGGUCUACUCUAAAGCAGUCGGAAGCAGUUUCUUUGUCGGACAAGGAAAUUGGGGCGGGCCAAAAGGUAAACCCCGGAUUGCCACAUUUAAUGAACCCUAUCGUCAUUCGUGUUUACUGAGCGAGGUUGUCUCCUCGAUAGGACCAAGCACCGUCAACUAUCCUCCGCCAGAAGGCAAGACACCUGAUGUUGUCUUUUCUGUCCAAACAGGCCCCGAAACUGCUCAUCUGUACCGUCUGAAUGGCGACUAUAACCCCCUUCACGCGACUCCAGAGCCUGGACAGAAGAUGGGCUUUGGAGGUAUUAUCAUUCAUGGACUAUUUAGCUGGAACAGCACUGCACAUGGACUUUUGAAGGAGCUCGGUGGCAGUGAUCCUCAAAACCUGAGAGAGUUCCAAGCACGCUUCUCCGCCCCAGUGAGACCUGGUGAUAAACUCACUACAGAGGUCUGGAGGAUGGGAACUUUCCAAGAUGGUUUCGAAGAAGUCCGAUAUAUUCGGCAAGACGGUGUUGUGAUAAAUAUUGUUGGGAACGUGAGGGUCAAAUAUCAGACACGUGAUCAAGUAUAUUUCACCGCAGGACCCGGAUCGAGGGCUCUCCUAUCUGUAACUACAAAGCGGCAUUACACUUUAGGACCAAAAUGUCCGGUUGGGAUUUCAACACGCCAUCCCCAAAGCCAUCAUCGUAUCGGGACGAUACCCCUCUGUAGAGCAAACUCUACAAUGGCUGCACCUCAGAACGAAGAAGAGCCUCAGAAAAGAAGGUUCAAUAAGCAUUAUUCUCGUAGGAACAAUAACCGACAUUCUACGAAGAAUGACGAUAUUGUACAGCUGGACGCCGAACCUAUUGGAAAGUUGAAAUAUCCAUCCUUUUGGCUCAGAUGUCACAGCGUCCCACAUCUCCUACACGCCGGACACUGUCCGUAUAGAGUUUGGCUAAAGGCUCAUCGGUACGGAACCCAACCGGAUAAGGGGGAAGGACAGAUUCUGCGUUUCAGGGAUUUUGAAUCGGUUAAAUCAGACUAUGAAUCUCUUCCGUCAGUCUUGUUUGAAAACGUCAUGGACAAGGAAGAGAGUGUUUUAGAAUGGUUGGAACAAAUUUAUAAAUGGGGCUUCUGCCUGAUCAAAGGCGUGCCUGUCGAGCCUGAAGCCACCCAAGCAUUACUGGAGAGGAUUUCUUUUAUCAGAAAUACGCACUAUGGUGGAUUUUGGGAUUUCACGUCCGACCUUACUUUCAAGGACACCGCGUACACAUCGGAGGCUCUGGGUGCCCAUACAGAUAACACGUAUUUCACGGACCCAGCGAGGCUUCAAUUGUUUCACCUCCUGUCACACACUGAAGGCGAAGGUGGCGCCACAUUGCUGGUUGAUGGUUUUAAGGCGGCCCGGAUGAUUCAGGAAGAGAAUUCAAACCAUUGCAAGACGUUAGUAAAGUGUCCGCAACCAUUCCAUUCAAGCGGCAAUGAAGACGUUUGCAUCCAGCCUAGUAGGCCUACUCCGGUCCUCGAACGGAAUCAAAGGACGGGGAUGCUCUAUCAGGUUCGAUGGAACAACUAUGACCGUGCCGCGAAGGUAGAUUGGGGAUUUCGCUAUCAGCGGGCGUGGUACGCCGCUGCCAGGCAUUGGAAUGAAAUUAUUCAUCGCCCUGAAAUGGAGAUUUGGCUACAACUUCAACCGGGAACUGCUCUUAUCUUCGACAACUGGCGAAUGCUUCAUGGUCGCUCGCAGUUCACUGGCAAACGAAGGAUGUGUGGUGGCUACAUUAACAAUGACGACUUUGUGUCUCGGUAUCGACUCCUCAAACUCGGCCGCCAGAAUGCUCUGGACCAUCUUGGGACUAUUCCCGACCCCAUUGAUAUUUGA